CUAGUCAUCUACUACUCCACUUGCUAGUGAAUCACAACACAGCAGCACCAUCGCCGGCACCGCCAACGCAAGCGAGCAAUGUCAGCCUGGAAAACAUCCCCGGCGGUGUCCUCCUUGCCGCUCUGCACAGUCCAAGGUUCUCUCCUCACCCUCGCCAUCCUAACCCUCUUCUCCUUCACCUAUUUCUCCUUCAAUUCUCUCCGCUCCCCUCUCUCUUCCACCUCCUCUUCUUCUUCAACCACUCAGCUUUCUGUUGCUAAAAUGGUUCCUGGAGAUCAUAUGGUGGAGAGGCAUUACAGGCAGGCAGAGCGGCUUUCGGUUUACCAUUCCCCUGACGUUUUCCGGUUCAAUUAUGCCGAGAUGGAGCGCAAAUUUAAGGUGUACAUAUACCCGGACGGGGAUCCCGAUACGUUCUACCAGACGCCCAGGAAGCUCACAGGGAAGUACGCCAGCGAGGGCUAUUUCUUCCAGAACAUUCGCGAGAGUCCCUUCCGCACCGAUGAUCCCAAUCAGGCUCACCUCUUCUUCAUUCCCAUCUCCUGCCACAAGAUGCGAGGCAAGGGAACUUCUUACGAGAAUAUGACUGUAAUUGUCCAGAAUUAUGUGCAAAGCUUAAUUUCCAAGUAUCCUUACUGGAAUCGAACCUUAGGAGCAGAUCAUUUUUUUGUCACUUGUCAUGAUGUUGGUGUUAGGGCUACAGAAGGUGUUCCGCUUCUUGUAAAGAACUCAAUUCGGGCUGUGUGCUCCCCAAGUUAUGAUGUUGGAUUCAUUCCACACAAAGAUGUUGCCCUUCCUCAAGUACUGCAGCCAUUUGCUCUUCCAGCUGGUGGAAACGAUCUUGAAAACAGGACAACACUUGGUUUUUGGGCUGGACAUCGGAACUCCAAAAUCAGAGUUAUACUAGCACGAGUUUGGGAGAAUGACACAGAACUUGAUAUUUCCAAUAACAGAAUAAAUAGGGCUAUGGGACCACUGCUAUAUCAAAAGAGAUUUUAUACAACUAAGUUCUGCAUAUGCCCUGGUGGUUCCCAGGUUAACAGUGCUCGCAUAACCGACUCAAUCCAUUAUGGAUGUGUACCUGUGAUAUUGUCAAAUUAUUAUGACCUGCCAUUCAAUGAUAUUCUUGAUUGGCAUAAAUUUGCUGUCGUGCUUAAGGAGAAUGAUGUAUACCAGCUUAAGCAAAUUCUCAAGGACAAAUCUGAUGCCGAGUUUGUUGCACUGCAUAAGAACCUAGUUAAGGUCCAGAGACACUUCCAGUGGAACUCUCCACCCAUCAAAUAUGAUGCAUUCCAUAUGGUCAUGUAUGAGCUUUGGCUGCGCCACCAUGUCAUCAAAUACUGAUUUGUUUAUAAUUCCAGCUAGCUUUCUGUACAUUUACUGGCUAGUAACCCAAAAGCUUGUAAAUUGUCAUACACAGUUCUCUCAUCUUUCAUAGUUAGCUUAUGAUGAAGGGAAGUAAAGUUACUAGUUCCCCAACAGGUCAUUACAUGUUCUUUUGGU